AUGAGGGUUGAGGUGAAGAUCCCCGGAAGUCUGGAGAGCUAUUGCAUCGACGAGCGAGGGGACAAGCGUGUUGCAACUGAAGCGUUAUGGCUGGAGACAUUCGUGUGCGGCGUGCUAAGGUCCUACUCCUAUGCGGACGACGGAAGCGGGGAUGCCAUCAAGAAGAUCGUGGGCGUGAGACGGUUCAACCCGAUCACCAACACGGAGAUGGAACACAAAUUCCUCGAUGCGGCAGAAAGGCUCUUCUUCAACGGCCGACAACUUAGUUCCGACCCUGAAACCCAAGUCCCCAACACAGUCACCAACCAUCUUACCUCCGGCCUUUUAAAAUACAUCAAUACAACGGGACGAUAUGUGUCUGGCAUUAACCUGUUCGAGAAGCUCCGAGCACGAGAAGUAGAGGUAUCAUCUCUUCUUGCACGGGUUCUGAUAUCAGCCGAUGAAGAGGUGCAGGCUGUUCGAUUGAUGCACGAUGCUCUCAAGGAUAUACCCAUGGACUAUGCUCUGCUGGACUGCCAGGCUGCGUUCUGUCAAAGCAAAGGUGAGCAUGAAAUGGCGCUUGAGUGCGCCAAACGCAGCGUGACGGCGGCACCGAGCGAGUUUAGCUCCUGGAUCCGGCUGGCGGAGGUAUAUGUGAGCCUUGAAAAGUGGAAUCUGGCACUGUUGACCCUGAACUCUUGUCCGAUGUUCAACUACCAGGACCGAGACUCACCGCGGAUGCCUCAGCCAACCCGCGUCAUCCUUCCUGUGCUUCCCGAAAGCCUGCUGGACGAGAUUGAUGAGGGCCAACCCAAAGAAGGCACUCCGCAUGACAUGGUGCAUCCAACUCUACGAAAAUUGCAUGCAGGCAACUAUCAGGGAACGUUUUUGAAGGCGUACAACCUGUUGACCAAGAUUGCCGCAAGCAUUGGAUGGGAUCAGCUCCUAAAGAUCCGAAGCGAGGUGUUUGUCAUGGAGGAAGAGUACAGGGUGGAACGACAGACGGCAACCCGACCAGGAAGCACCACUCACAAUGCCAGCACAGUAGCCCUACAUGACGGCGCAAGUCAGGCUACCAGGACAACCCAGGAAGACGGCGACGGCGACGGCGACGACGACGACGAUGAUGAUGGUGACAAGUCUGAGAAUGAGCAGGGAGCCUCGGAGCAAAAUGGAGGUGAAGGCGGCGAACCCAAGCAGUCUUCUGAGCACCAUGGGAUCGAGAAACCCAACCAGACAGUUGCCUCAGAGGUAGUCAAGUCCGGCAACGACGAUAACCAAAUGCAGCAGGAAAACACCAAUUCCACGUCCCAGUUCCACAACAAACGUCUGUGCGAGCGCUGGCUGGACAACCUGUUCAUGGUGCUGUACGAAGAUCUACGGGUGUACACCAUCUGGCGGUCUGAAAUGGCGCAGUCCCGGCAACAGUCCCUUGACUACAAGAAAUCGCCUACCGAGUGGGAGAUCCUCGGCGAGCUGGCCGAGCGACUGCACCACCUGCCCGAGGCCAUCGAGGCGUACAAGUACUGUCUGUCUGUGCGGUUCUCGCCCAAGGCCUUACGGGGUAUCUUGAAGAUGUACGAGCGCCAGAACGAUACGCGAGGCAUGCUCAACGCCUUGAUCAGGUUGAUAGCCUGGCAGUACCGCUGGUACUCUGAGUUCUCCCCGGACCUGCUGUACAUCAUCCGCAAGCUGAUCGAGGAAGAGGGCGCGGUCAAAGUCCGCAGCAUCGUGCAGGCGACCAACCUGCCUCAACCCAUCCUCGAUCUCACGCACCAAUACUGCCAGCUCUGCGCGACGUUCCGAAGCAGCGGAAGCGACGGCUAG